UCCAUUGAUAAUUUUCUGCAUAUAAUUGAAGUGAACAGUGAAAUAUUUAAUAAACUAAUAAUGGGUGUUGAAGUGGACAAUAAAGAACCUGCAGUUGAGCUGACUGAAGCUGAGACCGAGCUUUAUGACAGGCAAAUUCGACUUUGGGGCCUUGAAUCGCAAAAGCGCCUACGCACUGCAAAGAUACUCAUCUCCGGGCUGAAUGGCUUGGGUGCCGAGGUUACAAAGAAUAUUAUUUUGUCGGGUGUCAACUCGGUGACGCUUCACGACAUCCAGGUGGUUACUGAGGAGGACUUCUGCUCUCAGUUCCUCGCUGCACGCGAAUCUCUGGGCAAGAACCGAGCGAAGGCAUCCUUGGAGCGUGCACGAGCUCUCAAUCCCAUGGUGGAUAUCUCUGCCGAUACUCAACCGCUGGAGGAGAAGGCAGCCGAGUUCUUUGGCACAUUUGACGUGGUGCUGAUCAUUGGUCAGAGCAAUAAUGAAUUGCUGCGAAUCGAUGCCAUUUGCCAAGAGUUGGGUGUGAAGUUCUUCGCCGGUGAUGUUUGGGGAAUGUUUGGAUUCUACUUUGCUAGUCUCCAGCGCCAUAGCUAUGUCGAGGAUGUUGUCAAAUUCAAAGAAGUGGAAGCCAAGCCCAACCAGAAAGCAAAGUUCGAAAAAUAUGCUGUUCCAGUUCAGCGCGAAGUGAACUACCCUGCAUACUCGGCAUGGAUUGAUUUCGAUGCAAAUGCUGCCGGCUACCAGCGCCAAUUGAAAAAGGACGGACCUGGCGUGAUCCUGCUAGGCGUUCUUCAAAAGUUCCGCACCGUACACAAACGCGACCCCAGCUACAAGUCCAGGGAGGCGGAUAUAGGCUUACUGAAAGCAAUUCGAGAUGAACUGGCCCCAAAAUCUGCACUAAGUGACAACUCGUUGGAGGUUCUCUUCUCGCAGAUCUCGCCAGCAGUCGCUGUGGUGGGUGGCGUUGUGGCACAAGAGAUCAUUAAAGUGGUGACCAGAAUGGAGGCUCCCCACCGGAACUUAUUCAUAUUUGAUCCGGAUACAUGUGCAGGAUACGUUCAAGUCAUCGGAGGAUAAUUCAAUCCAUUAAAAAUAAUUUUGCAUUUCUCAAAUCAUUUCAAAUAACACCACGGUUCUAAUUUUA